AUGACACAUUACUAUAAAUUGGAAUGAAGACGUCUGUAGUUCAUCAGUCAGCUUGUAGUGUUUUCAGUGAUCUAUUGAAACAAAAUUUGAGUGAUACAAUGAAGCUCAUCAUCUCUGUCAUUGCCAUGAUUCUGGCCAUCAGCGCCGAAGCAUCUCCCGCUCCGUAUGCUCAAGAUGUUGUGGCCUAUGCCAACCCAUGGCCCGUGAAGACCAGCACAGUUUGGCCAGCCUACGGUGGAUUGUACGGCGGCAGUAAAGUCGCUGUGCUUCCAGAAGUCGCCUACGGAAAGUAUGCUGUCUACCCGAAUGUGUAUGGAAGCUGGCCGGUCUACGGAAAGAGCUGGGGAUACUCUGCUCCGGUUGUUACCAAGGUGGUCGACAAUGGUCUGUGGAACUAUGGUGGAUACGGAUACGGUCAUGGAUACGGUCUGGGAUACAACAAGUACUGGUAGUAAGGUUUCUAUGAUGGAUCGAGAAUAAAACAAUACUAUUGCA